UUUAGAUUAGUCACAAAGAAGUUCCCCCGCCUGCCUGCAAAAGCUGAAGCGUUAAAACUGAGAGAGUUGUCUCUGUUCUUUCAAUCGCCUUUUAUCUCUGGUCCUGGGACCUGUGUGUAUUUUCUGAUUGAUACUCUUUGUUUUGCCUUCCUCUCCUCUUUUGUGGGGAAGAGGUUAGCCCUCCCCCAGGUUCCCCUUGCUGCAGCUUUUAUCUUCCCUGCAUCCAGAUUGUGAAGAUGGAAGGGGUCCCACCUCUGGACGAGAAUGUGGGAAAUGUGCCAAGGCUGAGAUUCGGGAAGAACAAGCUCUUGCUGGUGGCCUCUGUGAUUCAGUGGCUCGGGCUGCUGCUGUGCCUCACCUACGUCUGCCUGCACUUUUAUACUUCUCAGGUGCCACCAGCUCAGUAUCCUCCAAUUCAAAGUAUCAGAGUACAGUUUACCAGGUGUGAUAACGAGAAAGGUUUCAUCCUCACAUCCCCAAACAACCAGGAAACCAUGAAGGUGCAAGACAACUCCAUCAUCAUCAGCUGUGAUGGGUUUUAUCUCAUCUCCCUGAAGGGCUACUUCUCCCAGGAGGUCAGCCUCAGCCUUUUAUACCGGAAGGGUCGGGAGCCCCUCCUCCCUCUGACCAAAGUCAAGUUUAUCGACACUGUCACGGUGGCCUAUCUGGCUUUCAAGGACAAAGUCUACUUGAAUCUGACCAGUCAUAAUACCUCCUGUGAAGAUAUCCAGGUGAAUGGUGGGGAACUGAUUCUCAUCCAUCAAAAUCCUGGUGAAUUCUGUGUCCAGUGAGGAUCUGAUGGCAGCACCUAAGCCAAACACCAGCAUGAAGCCAAGCUGGGGGUGGACAGGAGACUGAUCUUCCUUGUGAGUGGAGGAGAUGCCCCAGCCUAGCACCCCCAUGGCCACAGGGGAUAUGACCAGAAGCAGAUGACCCCCGCUUCUCAGGGAUAUUUAAAACUUCUUUGCAUACCGGUUAACCUUAUUUAUCCUAAUAUCUUCUAAAUCACCUAGCCCUUCUCCCCAUGAAUGCCUGGACCCCAUUGAGCACCUUCGUGGCAAUGAGAAAAUAAGCACCUCUUCCUCAAAGCACAUUGUUGUCAUUGGUCAGGAAAUCAUCAUAAUAAACUCACUUCAUUAGAAAAGACACUCAAUGGCCAUUUGCUGGAAAUUCACCAUCUGACCUUGUCAAAAUGAAGCGGAGCAAGAAGGGUGUUUAUGAAUCUGCCAAAGGUGAUGUGGACCAGCCCCUGGGAGCCAAAGCUACCUGUCAAGGUUAAUUGGUCUCAGUUUGCAUUUUGUCUAAAUACCUCUCCAUUUGGCAGAGUUCAAAAGGAAAAUCAACUUGCGAACAGCUCUCAGGACUUGAUAAAGAUAUCUGUUUAAGGAAUACUCCGUGCUCUUUUUUUUUUUCCCUUUACUACUUUGCUGUCCCUGCCUCCAAACCUUCUUAAUAGAAACUUCCCCUCCAAGAACCAUCAGGGGACGUGAUGCUGUGUAAAGCCCAACUACUGACUUAGAGCAAAUCAAGAGGGAAUUUUCUAAACAGGGAGCGAGAUAAUUUAUUGCAAGGUUAUCUUUAUCACACAGGAUAGCCGUGAUACUGGACCUCUCAUGGUGAAAGGCAAUAGGAAUUUAAGCAUGUAGUCUGGGGAGGAAAUGCAUUCCUUACUAGAGAUAGGCAAAAGCACACAUACUCGUCGUCCUGUUUAUGCUGAGAUAACACUCUCAGCAUCAUGCCUUGUACACAUAUACCACAUUGCUAUUGUUGUUAGUUGCCGUCUAGUCAUUCUGACUCAUUGUAACCCCACAAAUGUAGAACAGAGCUGCUUCGUAAGGUUUUCAAGGCUAUUUUCAAAAAAUGAUGCGAUUUCUAUUAACAAAUGCAACUUUGUGUCAAAAAGCCCUAAGGAGCUACUGUACCUUAGGAAAGAUAAUUCUGUCUAGAGAUAGUAGAAUUCCAUAUCUGAUCUCACAUUGAUAACUAAAAAUAGAGAACCUGUAAUUAGCCAAUAGGAAUACCUGGGUGGUGCAAAUAGUUAACAUGCUUGGCUGCUAACCAAAAGGUUGGAGGUUCAAGUCUGCCCAGAGGUGCCUUGGAAGAAAGGUCUGGCGAUCUACCUCCAAAAAAAAUCAGCCAUCGAAAAUCCUAUGGCUCACAAUCCUACUCUGACACACACGGGGUUGCCACGAAUGGGAAUCAGCUAGUUGGCGACUAGUGGUAAUCAGCCAAUACUAAGGCCUCACGGAACAGGAUCCCCUUACACUUAGCUUAAAUGUUCCCUUUAAUUUGAAACAGUUUAUCCUAUUUAUGCAGUCCCUGGGUGGUGCAAACAGUUAAGUGCUCUACUACUCGCUGAAAGGUUGGUGGUUCAAACCCACCCAGAGGUGCCUUGGAAGACAGGCCUGGUGAUCUUCUCACAGCCUUGAGAACCCUAUGGAGCAGUUCUACUCUGCACACAUGGGAUUGUCAUGAGUCAGAAUUGACUUGACAGCAACCAGCUAACAACAACAAAUCAUAUUUAUGGUGUUAUGGAUGAACGUGAUUUUUUUCAUAACUCAAAUUUAUGGAUGAUUUAUAAGUUCUGUAAGUGCCAAAACUUUUAUAAAUUUAAAUUUAUUGAUUAAAAAGAACUUUUAAUUAUAGCAAAUGCUUCCCUACCGUUUGAAAUAGAGUGCAUGACACAUAGUUGAGUCUUUCUGGAUGAUUCUCUGCCAUCAUAGUUAUUGUGCUAUGCUGCAAUGUUGUGAUGUCUCCAGGAUCUACAGAAAGGUGGGGGCUGUUUGCCUCUACACUAAAUGGCCCCAGUUACAUUUGGGUGUUUUGUCAGCUUGAGACAGUUUCUUUUAUCUCCUCUUAAGUGUCCACCCCCAACGAUAUCAUUCUUCUAUUUUAUCCAUUAUGGAGAGAAGCUAAAUAAAAAUGCUAAAUCAAAAGAACCUGAAUAAAAAAUAUAGUGUGUAAUCUACACAUAGCCAAGCUCUGGGUGGCUAUCAAGACACUCAAAUAUUCAUAAUAAUAGCUAAACAUUUCUGGAGGGCCUACGCCUUGGCACUGAGCUGGAUGCUUUACGUUGAUUAUUCUGAGCAAGAACUUUGUAAUGUCUGUCUUGGCUACUCAGAGAAUUUAUAUGCACGUGUGUGUGUCUGUGUGAGAGAGAGAGAGUGUGUUUGUAGUUAUUUACUUCUUUGUUAUUGAGUAUUGACUGUAUUCUACAGAAUUGAAGUUACUCAGUGAGUGAUAUCUGAAUAAGUUAAGGUUUGUGACUAUAGGUAAUAUUUAAGAAAAUGUAUGUUUACUUUUUUAAGUUUGGAAUUUCUGUCUUUCUCAUGCAUGUGCCCGUGCCGGGUCUAAGCAUAACUAUUCUGUGGGUUAAGUUUGUCUUUGGCACCAUGGCCCCACCUCACAGGCACCCAGACCUUUUAGGCGUGCCUGGCCUCUUUUUGCAUGCUGACCUCCUUCAGCCACUCAGGGAUGUUUCUGCCAUGCGCCAGCCCUACUCCCCCACCUUCCAGCCCAUCAAAGCAUGCAUAUUCUGUGUCAGAUUUCCUUUAAGUUGUGUCCUCCAAAGGGGUAAUUAACUCUUCUUUGGAUAUGGCAUAGUCGUGUACAAGGAGAACUGAGUAAGAAGGCAGGAGAUUUGAGUUCUAAUUUUGACUCAAUCACAAACUAGCCAGGUGACCUAGGGCACAUAAUUUCCAUUUCCUGGAUCCCAGUUUCCUCUUGUUAAAUGAGAGCUGGACCAGGGGACCUUUAAGCCUCUGACAUUUUGGAAUCUUGUGCUCAAAGGGCUGGCUGUGAAUGCACGUAUUAAAUUUCUAUAUACUGGUUGCCAUGAUUCAAGAGGUAUAAGCUUCUCUUUUUACUACAUGGGAUUUUUUUUCCCCCCUCUAACAAGCUAACACCUUCCCUUCGUCUUCUUGGUGAUUCCUUCGAGAGCAGUUGCCAGUUACUACUUAGUGACUUUUUAUUUAGAGAACAGCUGAUUGGAAUCCAGCCUUGGUCCAAAUCCUAAUUUGUUUUUAAGCGUAUUGGGCAGGUCCCCUAAUUCUAAGCCAUAAUUUUGUACUUAGUGCUUUCCUGGUUCUCAGAGAGUAUUAAUAUUGAUAUUAAUAAUAUAGCUAAUAAUAAUAUUGAUAUUUACAUGGAAAUAAAUAAAAGAUCUUGGAAUUCACUGCUGAUUAGUGUUGGAGUUUUUAUUUAUCCUUCUCCACCUUCUGAUUAGCAUGAGUAAUGGGGGAAGAAUGAGACAGGCUUUCUGAUUUACCUCCUGCCUUCAAUUUUCGACAUCAGAGCUAUGUCCAGGUGAAGGACGGCAAAGUCCAUCUCUGCUUUUGAUGGAACAUUCACUGGAAGUCUCCAGGGCCAUGGCUCAAAUAAAAUUCUACCAUGC